AUUCGAUGUUGAUCUGGAAAUGGAAUAUGCCAGGCUCAAUUGGGUCAGUACUGGUUCCUUCGGCAUUUUGUGGGUGUGGCACCGGCCGGAGAUGUUGAAAUGCGGAGUUUCAAGCACUCUUCAUUCUCUAGCAGAAAAAGAAACACGCAUGUUCGCAACCUGAAGUCCUGCGACAUAGAAGGUUUGCCGGAAUGGGUAACCUGCUAAAAGUCCUUACAAGGGAUAUAGAGAACUGUCCACACUUUUUCCUGGACUUUGAAAAUGCACAGCCCACAGAAGGAGAGUGUGAAGUAUGGAACCAGGUCAACUCUGUUCUCCAGGACUCUGAAAGCAUCCUGUCAGGCCUCCAGGCGUACAAGGGAGCCGGACAGGAAAUCAGAGAUUUACAUGUGGCCCUCACCCAAAAGGAGUUUGACACCCCUGGUACAGGAGGAGGCUUACGACUCGGCCCUGUGGUACUCCAGUAGUAGGGCUGAUGAAGACGCAAUCCAGAACCCAGGUGACUUCAUGCUCCAGGAGCGGGCCUGGAAUUCCGUGUGCCCGCUUGUCAUCAAACUCAAGAAGUUCUACAGUUUCUCUCUGAGGCUCGAGGAAGCCCUCCAGAGUCUGCUGGAGUCCCUGACAUGCCCACCCCACACGCCCACUCAGCACUUGGAGAAGGAACAGGCGCUGGCCAAACAGUUUGCCCAGAUCCUCCACUUCACGCUACGCUUCGAUGAGCUUAAGAUGAGGAUUCCCGCCAUUCAGAACGACUUCAGUUAUUACAGGAGAACCAUCAGUCGAAACCGGAUCAACGACAUGAACCUGGAUAUCGAGAAUGAAGUUAAUAACGAGAUGGCCAACAGAAUGUCUCUGUUUUACGCCGAGGCGACGCCCAUGCUGAAAACGCUCAGCAACGCGACCACGAACUUUGUGACAGAGAACAAGACUCUUCCGCUGGAAAACACCACCGACUGUCUGAGCACCAUGGCCAGCGUCUGCAAAGUCAUGCUGGAGACGCCAGAAUAUUCCAGUCGCUUCAGCAGCGACGACACAGUCCUGUUCUGCAUGAGGGUCAUGGUGGGCGUCAUCAUCCUCUACGACCACGUGCACCCCAUCGGGGCCUUCAACAAGUCCUCCAAGAUCGACAUGAAAGGCUGCAUAAAAGUGCUGAAGGAGCAACCGGCCGACAACGUGGAAGGUCUGCUCAACGCCCUCAGAUUCACCACCAAACAUCUGAACCAAGAGUCCACUCCGAGGACCAUCAGGUCCAUGCUGCAGUGAGGACCCCAGCGCUGGCCUCAGAUAAGACCCUUAUAUUGACAUUCUUUCAAAGGCAUGGUGGUCUUCAAGCGGCGGAACCGAGGACAUGGUUGGUUUCAGCCUGGAUCAGAUCUCAUAUGAAGGCAGAGCCAGCUUCAAGGGCUGAACGUUUGUCUUCUUGUCCUGCCACUGGGAAUUGAAUCUUUAGAAUCACACCAAAACCCCAUACGAAUAUUUUUACUACUGUUCUUAUUUCCUUCUUGUUAAUAUAUUCAUUUCUUGCCAGUUUUAAAAGGAGAAAAAAUGCCUUGUUUAAAUUAUUACCUAGAUAUUUUUUUUUUACGCUUGGUGUCAUUGUAUUGCCUUAAAACGCACAUUUGGAGCUACUGUACUUUUUGAAGGGGAACUGCACUUAUUUUGCAAUUUUGCCUAUUGUUUACAAUCAUUAUGAGAGACUAGAACACAGAUGGUUUCAUUUUUUAUAUGCGUUCUAAAUAUUAAAUAAAUGCGAUCACAAGUCUGCUUGCAAUGGAGCCCAUGGUAGUCGCUCUAUUCUGCCUAUAAAGCCCUUAAAAAAACACCCAAACACCUCCAUUAAGGUUUUAUAUCCAGGAUGUAAGUAUAUAUGUAAUGUCGUAACAUUCAUAAUAACAUGUAAUAUUUACGUAUUUUGAUAAUUUUCAAGCAUUUCAAAAAGGUAUGUUUGCUUUUUUCCAACAUCACUGAUUAUUACUCACUGCAGACGUCAUAAUAAAACAUCACUUACUGUACAAGGUCUGCUGUCAUUAGGAUGCAGACUGACGGAAUCUUGUUAUAUUCUCGUUUAGAUGAAGAAUGACUCAUAAUCCUCGCCAAGAAAAGAGGGUCAUUCUCGCCAUCGCCGGGUCUAAACUGGCUGUCAAAGUGUACCAACUUGUCGGAAUACCUCCUCGUCCUUCUACUAUCCAGGUGAGGGGUAUGAUUUAUGAUCUACAGUGAAGUUUGACGAGCAAGAGAACGAGGAAGCUGCUGAUCAGUCGAUCAUGCCAACAUUGGCGUUGCUAUAAAUAGUUUGUCUGCGUUAGCGCUUAUACCGUAAAUCCGGACUAUAAACCGCUACUUUUUUCUUAAACUUUGAAGCCUGCGGCUUAAAAGACGGUGCGGCUAAUUUAUGUUUUCUUUCUCAGAUAACAGCCAUAAUAAAAACAGUUAAAAAAAAACAAACAAGCAAAUACACCCUAAAAGUGUUUUAUUGUUUGUGCUAGGGCGCCAUCUUAUGGACAAGUUUGCUCACUGCAGAUGUCCUUCUAUUUACGGGCAACGCUUUUUGGUUUUUUCCAACCAAAGUGCCGUGUUCGUCUUCCAGCUGUCAAUAGCGUUGCUACUCGUAUGGAUUCCAUUCAUCGCUCCAAGCAACGUUUGUAAGUUUUACAAUACAACUAAAACAAUUCUUACUUAUUAAAUGUCUGUAGGAGUGUUUUCAUGCAUAUUUGUACGCACUAUCGUACUGUGAUUAAGAUAGCGUCGUUAACAUAGCUAAUAUGUUUAAAGUUUUGCGAGUAUCUGUAUUAGUAUUAUUAACUUACAGUGGCAUUAUUUUUUUGUUGUUUCAGUUUUAUAAAUUCCUCAGUGAAUUAACCAAAAUGUCACCGUGGAGUUAAGUCUGUUAAGCUGAUUGGAGAGCUAGCUUCCGCAGCUCGUGGGUCCACGUUGAUGGCUUCUGUUUUGUUUGAUCAGCCGUUUUACUGUCGUGUAUUUUUUAUAUUUAUAAAAUAUUUCUGUGUAAACAACUAAUUUCACAACGUACAGUAUAUAUCUGCUACUUAUAGUCCGAUGCAGCUAAUAUAUGGGGGGAAAAAAUAUUCUAAAGUUUACUUGUAUACUAUAGUCCGGACUAUACGAUAACAAUAUCGCUAUUACUUGCAUAAUAUUCAAGUCAUAUGGAGUAUUGUUGGCACUUUUCGGUUAGUUGUGUAUUGAGUUUUAUUGAACCGUGUUUUUAUUUUACCAUGAAUUGAUUUACUUUGACCCCGACUUAAACAAGUAGAAAAACUUAUUCGGGUGUUACCAUAUAGUGGUCAAUUGUACGGAAUAUGUCCUGUACUGUGCAAUCUACUAAUAAAAGUCUCAAUCAAUCAAUGAAAUUUACUCCGCUGUAAACGGAACUUAUAUUUACGUUUAUUUACGAGUUGGAAUGCAUUUUUAAAAAUACAACCGUCAUGUCUCCCAUAAUAAACGUGAAGGAUAGGCAAACCUCCAAAAAAAUCAAGUGCAGUUCCCCUUUCACACAUGGAAUAUUACUGCCAUAUUCUGUGGUCAUUUGAGUAUGCUGCACUGCAAUUGGACAAUGGCCUGCUUUUGAAAUAAGAAGCUAACAUCUGAUUGAAGUACUGUCACUUAAACACUCCACUCCUCACACAAUAGUAUGAACAUAUUUGGGAUGGCUUUUACUAUGCAAAGAUGUAUAUUUUGUUUCCGUGUGAAGAAUGCAAGAUGUUUGAUGAAAGGGUGCUAUUGGGUAAUAAAGGUGGUACAUUUCUAACAUGCUGUAGUUG